CAGAAAACAAGAACACCGACCUGCUGAUUACAAUAAACGCGCCUGGUGAAAGACCACAAAGGUUCAAUAUCUGUUCCAGCUACAUCAAAGAGGUUUAUUCAUUGACCAGUUAUCAUAUCUCAAAGCAGCGUGGUGGAAGGCGAGCGCUGUGCAAAUAACCGUGUCAGUACGUUUGCGAAGAAAAGGAAAAUGACAGUUUCUCAUCCAGCGGUGAGCUUCUCGUUUCUUCUGUUGGCAGGUUUGAUGUUACGUAGAUUUUGUCCUGCUUAUUCCAUUGACACGACAACGUUGCCAUCAACAACAACAAAAACAUCAACGCAAGAUAACUUUACUAACAACUCGUCUACAAUAACUGCACUGGUGACAACAAAUCAAUCUACAGCUUUCUCCACAUCUGACUACAGGAACCAAACAUUAGCGGCUGCAUUAACUGUUACAAAUUCCACUCCACAUUUGAGGACAAUCGUGCCAACGGUAGCAACCCCUGCAAUUACCUUUACCAGUGCCAUUUCCGCUCACAGUUCGCAGACUACGGAAUAUAACACCUUAAAUAAUGCAACCAAUGGGACAGCUCUCGUCUCCAGCACGUCAACACCACAGUUAAGCACAAGGGUUAAAAACGCAACUAAGGAAAUGGUCGUCAGCUUUUCAUCAAGUUUUGAUACUAAAAACAAAACAUUUGCAACAAAACUUCAGGUGUCCUCAACAAUUCUUGUGACAACAACUAAAUUGGUGACACCAUCAUCAGCGGAAAAGCCAUUUCCUAUCACCGAAAACGACACACUUAAAAAGUCUGACAGCGAUAACCUUCCUAAGGCCCUGAGCUCAGCAAGUGUCGUUGCCAUAGUUAUCGGAUUCAUUGCCCUUGUAGUUUUAUUGGGGGGAGCAUAUCAUUUCAAAAUAAGGCGCCCUUCCUAUGGCCGUCUGCUGGAUGACACGGAGUACAGAUCAGGGGGCAAUUUCCUCAAUCCUGUGUUCGAGGGCUAGGUGCUUUCCGAAUUCAGAUGACUCUCCACUAGUGAUCCUAUUUCAGAUGGAUGGUUUUGGACUGCAGUGGCUACUGCUGUGACCAAUCAGACACUAUCUAUUUGAUUUGACAAGUGCUGUCUGCUGCCUCAUUGGUGAAUAUGUUAGACUGUAAGCUGUGUGUUUUCUUAGAAGUGAAUAAUUAGAUUUUAAGUAUCAAAUAAUCAAAUCUUAAGUCAGUUGGAAAGUAUUUAAUAUUAACUAUGGUGAUUGUGUAAAUUUAUGCAUACUGACCAACAUUAACUUGGUCGGUAAUAAACGGGUAGUGCAGUUUCA